CAUCGGCAUCUUUAUGCUGAACUCGGACCAGUUCAAGAAGUGCUGGAAAGGAACAACCAUGGCGUCAGACAGGAUCACAGGAAUGCAGCCCGACCAGAACGACUCGAAGAGCCUCCCGUUCGUGAAACCGACGCCCUUCGGUACAAAGCAGAAGCUGCACUCUCCCAUGCGUCUUCGAUACUCCACCACUGGCGUGAUAUGGCCGCCGAUGCUUGCACCUGGCUGCGUGGCCAAGUUGCGGAUCUGUCUGCGCGUCUCCGCCGCGCUGGAGGUCGCGAACGGUGGCCCAGCGACGGUGCGUUCGUAG